AUGCCAGUAGCUACAAUAGAUUGUACACGAGUCAAUGAUCUACUACAAGAUGACAAUGAGAAUAAAAAUAUAAUAUCCACAAAAUAUGGAUCCACAUUAUUAGAAAUCCAAGGAGAAUUAAAUUUACCAAGUCAUAAACCAAAAGAUAUAACUAAAUUAUCAAAAGAAGAUCAAGAAAAAAUGUCAAAUUUUAUAACAAUUGAUAAUGUAUAUGAUGCUAUAAAAUUUGGUCAUUUAGAAUUUGAUUCAAAAGAUGAAACAAAAGUUACAUUAUUUAUUGGGAAAAGUCAAAGAUUAAUUGGGAACCUUGUUAAAUUAGAUAUACCCUUGGGAAUAUUAAAAAUACCGAAAAAACAACCUGAUGAAAGUAAAAUGGAUAUAGAUUUUGAAGAAGGAGAAGAAGAAGAAAAUAUACAAAUGAUCGAUAUAAUACAGGCCAAAUUAAUUUUUAAACAACGACCUUUACCAAUUAUGUAA